GUUCCAGUUCUUUUUAUCCAGUCGGCGUGAGACAGCGGAAAUGACGAUUGGUUGGCGGAAACAGGGUUUGCUUAGCUGUGCGGAAAAAGAAUGGCUGCGGCCAGUGUGGCUACUUUUUGUAGAAGAGUCUCGGCAGUCCUAAAGGCUUCUGGGUCAUUAAUAACUCCUAAGGCCCCUUCUAGCUCAGGGUUUUCUCUGAGCUUGUUAACUAAGAAUGGACCAAGUGUCACGUCCUUUCAUCAGUGUAGAUUACUUCAUACCACAUUGUCAAGAAGAGGACUGGAAGAAUUUUUUGAUGACCCAAAGAAUUGGGGACAAGAAAAAGUGAAAUCUGGAGCUGCAUGGACCUGUCAGCAAUUAAGGAACAAAAGUAAUGAAGAUUUACAUAAACUCUGGUACAUCUUACUGAAAGAAAGAAACAUGCUUCUAACUCUAGAACAGGAGGCUAAGCGGCAGUGUUUGCCAAUGCCAAGUCCAGAACGGUUAGAAAAGGUAGUUGAUUCCAUGGAUGCAUUAGAUAAAGUUGUCCAGGAAAGAGAAGAUGCUUUGAGGCUUCUCCAGACUGGGCAAGAGAAUGCUAGACCUGGUGCUUGGAGAAGAGACAUCUUUGGAAGAAUCAUUUGGCACAAGUUCAAGCAGUGGCCUAUACCUUGGUACCUAAAUAAAAGAUACAACAGGAAACGAUUCUUUGCAAUGCCUUAUGUGGAUCGUUUUAUCAGACUGAGAACUGAGAAACAAGCCCGCAUUUCAGCAAGAAAGAAAACUUUGGAGAAAAAGAAACAGAAAGCUCUGCAAGAAAAGUUUCCACAUCUUGCUGAAGCCCAGAAGUCAAGUCUUGUCUAAAAAAGAUUUCUGAUUUUUUCCUUGUAUAGCAGACUAUGUACAAAAAUAUAUUUUAAGUGAUUUAUAAAAAAAUUGGUUUUAGUCACAUGACUUAGCAGUUGUUCUAAAGGUUAACCUGACAUGUAAAUUCUGAAAGUGGUCUUGCUUCUACCACAUUUUUUAAAAAUCAGGUAAAGUUCAGACCAGAUUCCCAUCUUAAAAAUUCUGACGUCUGUGCAUGCUUCUAUAUCACCUGCUGUCUUAGAGUACACCAGUGAUAUUAACAGUCAAAACAAGGCAAUACAGUAGUUUUGGAAUUCAGACACCAUUCUUACUGUUACUAUUAAUAGGAUAUGAAGAGGAUGGGAACUACUAUUAAUAAACGUGAAUACUUUCACUCAAAAUGAUAAAUACUUGUGUUUAAAAGUAGCAAAUCAAAAUACACAUCAGAAACUAUUUCUGGAAUGGCUGCUAAUUUUUAUUUAAUUUUAAAAGCCUAAGGUAAAAAGCAUAGGCAGUAACUUUACUAGUCAAUAAAAAACAAUUCUACCAUUC